GGUGAAGCGUAUCGAUUCAUACUUUCCUUUAAACGCAAACAAUCCACUCCUUUACUCCUCACCCAACCAAACUUCCCCUGUUUUCACUCCUCCUCUCUUCUUUAUUUCCGUGCAUUCUGCUUUUUUUUUUCUUUCAUUCAUCACCACCAUUUCUACUACACACUAUACAUGUCACUAACACAAAGAGAUCACCGCAAGAACCUCCCGAUUAACCGGAAACUUAAACUACAACAACCAUCUUUUCAUCGACGUAACGCGACGCUUAGGCCUCGUAGAUUAUUAAAAUCGUCGCAGGUUCUUACGAGGUGCAACUCUGCUCCUUUACUUGGAAAUGGUUUUUAUAACGGUAACGGUAACGAUAACAAUUCUCGGAACGAGGAUCAUCGAAGUUUGGCGUCGAGGUCAGAGUUGGGGAUUUUUCGGCGGCAGACUUGUGUGGAUAUAUUUUGUCCGGGGGAGAACUCGUUGCUUCAAUCUCCGACAAAAUUUGAGGGGUACAACAGAGAUGCAAAAGUUGUGGUUAAUGUUACAGUCGAGGGAAGUCCUGGACCAGUCCGGGCUAUGCUGAAAUUGGGAUCAACGGUAGAAGAGACGAUAAGGCUUGUGGUGAACAAGUAUGGCGAAGAAGGCCGGAGUCCUCAUCUUGAUAAACGGGCUGCAUCAAGCUUUGAAUUGCAUUCUUCACAUUUCAGCCUUCAAAGUUUAAAUAAGUCGGAUAUGAUCGGGGAAGCAGGCAGCAGGAGCUUCUAUCUUCGAAAGAGCAGUAGUGACAGGAGAGGAGACUCUGCAUCUUCCUCGUUUAUCCAGGACAUUGUUUGUGUAAACGACGUUUCUCGUCCUCCUCACUUCCUUUUUCUCCCGGCCUUCAUUUCUCGAAGGAUCGAUAAAUUUAUAAGAAGAACCAAAAAGCUCUGGAAAAUCAUGGGAUGCAUGCCGAGCAGCGGAUAAUCUAACACCUUGAAAUCGGAUGACAGAAAGGUUGAUCUAUUAUGUACAGUAGCAAAAUAUAGGAAUAGCUCGACAGAAAGCCAAAUUAUAUCACUAAUAGUUGGUACUCUUUCAAAUAUCUUAUAUACAUGUAGGCAAAUUGUCUUCUGCUUUGAUCACACAACAGUAUUUGUAGAAUGUGUGUAGUUAAGCAGGUGUAAUUAGCAUUUAUGCUGUUGAAUUUCAGUGGAAUUAUAUAUUACAAUUAUUUCCUUUAUGGCGAAUUACAAAACAUUUAAUC